AAUACUUUUGAAUAAACAAGACCGUAAAAAAUACAUCAAUAUCAAAAUCGAAUUAAAAGAUGAAUGCCGAGAAGAAAACCUGUAAACAGUGUGUUUCGCAGUAUGAAGAAGCAAUACAGAAUGUUUUCGCAAAACUGGGUGUUGUUUUGGCAAAUCAUCCUGUCAAAUGUAUAAUAUACUGUGCUAUUAUAAACUUAUUAUUUACAAUCGGUUUUAUCAACCUCAAAUUCCAAAAUGAUGUUGAAAUGUUGUAUACACCUGAAAAAAGCAAGUCUUUACAUGAUAGAGCUUACAUAGAGGAUCUAUUCACAGACCCUACUGGCCAAAACUUUUUGCCCUAUCAAUUGACAAGAGUUGGAUUAUAUGGAGAAAUUUUAAUCAUGUCUAAAAACAAAUCAAGCAUAAUGGAACAGAAAUAUCUCGAUGAGAUAAAUCAGAUAGAUGAGUUUAUAAGAUCAUCUAUAGUUGUCCAGGGUUCAAAUAGUUCUUCGUAUAAAUACACAGAUCUGUGCGCUGUGGGACCCCAUGGAUGCGGAAUGGUUGGCGACAUCAUAUUAUCCCCUUUUUUCCAGUCAGAUUUUAUAACACGAAAUGUAUCAUAUCCUUAUUAUAGAAAUAUUUCAAUCUCUUCAAUGUUUGCUAAUGUCGUUUCACAAAACGGAACUUUACGAUUUACCAAUGGUUUAAGAUUACGUUACUACCUGAGACGAAACACGACUAACUCUGAAACAUUAUCUAAACUUUGGGAAAGGCGAUUUGUUGAUGAAUUAAGAGAUCUUAAAACAAAUUAUACUUCUCUUGCAUUUUCUUACUCUGAUUCCUUAAGCAGCGAAUUAGACUCUAUUACCGAAAGUGCAACCGUAUUUUUUUCAUUAACUUUGAUACUGAUGAUGGUUUAUGCCUCCAUAUCCGCAGCGCCCUUCAAUUGUAACAAUGUUGCUAACAGAAUGAAUCUUGGAUUUGCUGGUAUUUUAGCAGCUUUGUUGGCGAUUACGGCCUCAUUUGGAUUAGUGUCUGGAACUGGAUUUGAAGUAACAACUGUUGUAGGGGUCGUGCCUUUUCUUGUCAUCGGUAUUGGUAUUGACGAUAUGUUUAUACUUUUGUCUGGAAUGGCGGAAGCUCCACCACUGACGACGGCAACAGUCGAAGAAAGGAUGGUGUAUAUGUUGAAGAAAAGUGGAAUAGCAAUAACCAUUACUUCGAUAACUGAUAUUUUGGCAUUUAUGAUUGGAGCAUCUUCGGUUUUUAUGAGCAUUAGGAUAUUCUGCAUUUACACAGGAGUUGCAGUCUUUUUCUGCUUCAUUGACCAAUUAUUUUUUCUCUGCCCGGCCAUUGCAAUAAACGAAAUACGAACGGAGAAGAACAGACACUUUUGCUUUUGUAGCAUCGAGGUACAACCAAAGGAUGAAUAUGAAAAGGAAUCAAAAUCAGAAUGUUACAUACAAUGUUUUGCUGGUCACCGUCCACAACAAAAAGAUGAUGUUGAGAGUCCAAUGGAGAAAUAUCCAAAGCGGCUUAUGUACCUAAUCCUACAUUAUAGAAUAGGAAAAACCUUUGUUUUGAUGAUUUACUUAGUCUAUCUUAUUUGUUCCAUAUAUGGUACAAUACAUUUAGGACAAGGUUUGCUAAUGUAUAAACUUGUCCCUGAGGAUUCCUACUAUCGAAAAUACAGCAUUUGGGAUGAGAAUUAUUUCAAAAGAGAACCUAUUGUAACAAUCUGCAUUCCUGAAAAUCAGCAAUAUCAUUUACAAGCCACCCAAACUCGUAUACAAUCUUUACUACAAACCAUAAAACAAGAAGUGUAUUUUGACAACAAUUUUGAAAUUAAUUGGCUUGAUUCAUACAUCAGAAAGUCUGAUUUUCACAACUCAUCCUCAGAAGAGGCUUUUAAUAAUGGCUUAAAUAAGUUUUUGCAAUCAGGCAGUGGAAAUUCGUUUCAAAAUGACAUCGCUUUUCACAAAAAUAAAAGCUUUAUAAGGUCAUCGAAAAUGUACGUUAAGUCUUUGAGUUUGACAACAUCUGAGGAAAAGGGUGAUUUUUUGUUACGAAUAAGACAAAUAGAAAAAGCUGCAACCUUUCCUGUUCUAAUUUUUAGUCCUCUUUUUGUUCUUUACGAGCAAUAUAUACAAAUUUUACCAACCACUCUGCAAACAGUUGGGAUCGCUUUAACUGUAAUUCUUUUCGUUAAGUUUUUCUUUAUACCCAAUUUACUUUUAGUAGGUGUGGUAGCCCUUACUCUUCUGAGCAUUCUUGUUGGAAUAUUUGGGUUUAUGCACUUUUGGGACCUGACUUUAAAUUCAAUGACCAUGAUACAUUUGGUAAUGAGUGUUGGUUUUUCGGUAGAUUUUAGCGUUCAUAUUUGCCACGCAUUUGUGACUAUUGACAUCCUAGAUAGGGAUUUAGUUCUUCAAAAGGCUUUAGAUACAACAGGCGGACCAAUCUUUAAUGCUGCAUUUUCCUCAUUGCUUGGAAUAUGUAUUUUAGCUCUUUCUGAGAACUAUAUUUUCCUGUCUUUUGGAAAAGUAAUGUUCCUUGUUAUAGGAUUAGGUUUGCUUCACGCCUGUUUAUUUUUACCUCUUUUGCUCUAUUUUCUUUUGCCGUGUUUUUCAAAAAAUAUAAACUGCAUUGAACCAGAAGAGAACAUGAACGGCUGUAAAAAUGAUGAGCAACCUUAUACAAUAUGCACUCCGGAUAUGGAGAUGAGAUUGCCUGAAAUAGCUAGCAGCAAUGACGGUAAUAAAUCAGACUUUGUAGGUAAGCCAUCCCAAGAUAAAAAGGUUUGUUCAAAAACAUAAAAAUGUUGCCUACAUUUGAAAACAUUUUUAGAAGGAAAUGAUUAAAUGGAUUUUGAAAAGAAAAAAGUCAUCAAAAAUUGUUAUUUUUGUGAGUUUGGUUGAUCUAAGCUGUAGUGCGGAUUUUUCUCCAUGUAAAAAAAGUUUGUCUUCUAGUUAACCAGAGUAAAAAUGUAAUGUGAUUUCAAUAUUGUUCGACUGAGCUAUGUCUGAACCCUACAUCAAUGACAUUCAAAUUAAUGAGAUUUGAGAUUUAUAACUUUACGGAGGUUUCGUUUGUUUUAUUGGGUAUGUAUAUGAGUUUUUUAGUGUCAAAUAGCAAAACAGAGGAUUUUAGUUUCAAUAUAUUUUAAGUAUACACCAGGGGCUUUUUAGGUCACCUGAGUAAACUCAUGCUUGAAAAAUAAAAGUGUUUCAAGUUUUUUUUUUAAUCAAGACCCCAACUGGUGUAUAUAAAUACAAGUAAUACAACAAAAUUAUAACAAAUCAGCAUGAAUGCAUGAAUGAGUGGUACUAAUGUUAAUUACUAAAUACAUGUAUAGUUCAAAACUUCAAACUAUAGAAGGCCCCUGUUUAUAUAGAAUAAAUCUAUAUGUUGUGAAACAUAUGUUAUACAGUUGUUUUGUUAUAAAUC